AUGUCGUCUCUGGCUGCGGUUCGGGCGGACGGGUACUACCGGCCUCCGGACGGCGAGGUGUCUGUACACCGGAGGCGGCGGGGCGAGCAGCAGCAGCAGCAGCAGCAGCAAAUAAUUCGAUUUGAACUGCCAUUUAAAGUAUUUUGUUUGUCUUGUGCUGCAGUGCUAGACAGGGGAGUUCGCUUUAACGCAAAGAAGCAGCAAAUUGGCUUUUAUCUUUCUUCUCCUGUCUACUCUUUUUGCUUCCGCUGCCCCUGCUGCAGCAGCAGCUGCUGCAUCACCACAGACCCGAAGAGCAGCAGCUACAUCUGCAGCAGCGGCUUGCGGCAGAAGCAAGAAGACGUGCCCGAUGCUGCAGCAGGCAACCCGCUGCUGCUGCUGCAGCAGCAGCAGCAGACCCUGCAGGCCAACCCCCUGCUGCAGAAGGAGCACCAGUUUCUCCUCCGCAGGCAAAGGGGGCUGCUGCUGCAGCAGCAGGAGCAGCAGCAGCUUGCUGCUCAGGAGACGCCGCAGCAGCAGCAGCAGCGCGAAGAAAUCUGCAGCGCCAGGGAAGCCACUGCGCAGCUGCUGCAGCAGCAGCAGCAGCAGGCAGACGACUACGCAGCAAACCGACGCAUGCGGCAGCAGCUGCGCGAGCGCAAGACAGCAGCAGCAGCAGCAGCAACAGCAGCAGCAGCAGCAGCAGAAACAGACUCCGGAGAAGAUGCUGAAGAACUCAGCGGAAUUAAAUUCAAAAAAAGAAAAACCAGAAUUGAUAAGUUGGCGCAGCAGCUAGCGAAGCGCCACGCCUCCAUAUUCCCGUGCAGCAGCCGCAGCAGCCGCAGCAGCUGCAGCAGCAGCAGCAGCAGCAGCAGCAGAGCCUUCUCCCUAGUUUGCAAAUCCGACGCCGUCGCAGCGCGCCUCGCGCAGGCCCUGCAUGCAGCCCCAAAGGGCAGCAGCAGCAGCAGGAACAAAAGCAAGAGCAGCAGCAGCAGCAGCAGCAGCAGCAGCAGCAGCAGCAGCAGCAAGAGCAGCUUUAGACGGCUGUGCAGCAGCAACGCGGCAGUCGUGGUGGAGGUGUGCAGCAUUGCCUGGGGCCUUCUCUCGAAAUCAUCAUCUGCUGCUGCUGCUGCUCCAGCUGCAACAACAGCAGCAACAGCAGCAAGAGCAACAGCAGCAACAGCAGCAGCAGCAGAAGGGUCUUCCGCGUGGUUUUCUCUUCCCUUCGUCUGUGCAGAAGCGCUGCUGCUGCCGAAGGCUCUGCUGGAGCUGCUAGGCAACGCUGCUGCUGCAGCACGAUCCCCUGCUGCUGCUGCUGCCAGUGAGCAGCAGAAGCAGCAGCAGCAGCAGCAGCUUCUACAGCUGCAGCAAAUUUGGCAAUCUGUGGGGAGGCUGCGGCUUCUGGAGCUGACCUUGUGCUCUGCAUCUGUUGAAUCUUCUUUUGCGCUUCUUCAUCUUCUCUUCGGCUGUAGCGACGAGACUGCCAAGGGCCUCCUUGAAGAGCAGCUUCUUGAGCUGCAAGCAGCUCUCUUCUUCAUCGCAAUGCAGGCUGCAGCAGAGCCCCACACCUUGGGGGCCCCCGACUCAGGGGCCCCCAAUGGGGGCCCCCAGGGGGACCCCCAGGGGGGCCCCCAGGGGGCCCCCCGAGAGGAAGCAGGGGAAUGGGUUUCUUUGUUUUGCUGCUCAUUGUUGACUCGUUUGCAUUGUGCCCCUUUUAUCCGUCUUCUGAAUUACACUAUGAAGGAGAUGACGGUGGAUGUGCUGGAGCUGUUUGCGCUUGCGCUGGUGAACCCCUCUGAAGCCAAGGGGCAGCGCAGCAGCAGCUGCUGCGCCUUCCUGCUGCAGCAGCUCCAGCAAAAGUUUGCUGCUGCUGCUAAGGGCAAUCUUCCCCUGUAUCUCUUAAGCGUUGCAGAAGCAGUUCUCAAAGAGGAAUACAACGGGACAAACAAGCCCAGCAGAACUUUUCAGGAGGUGGGAACCUCCAGCCUUAUGCUGCAGUUCCUGCGGCAGCAGCUCGAAGCCGCUCUGCGGGGAGUGCAGCAGCUGCAGCAGGCCCAACGCACAUAUUUCUCUGCAGCAGCAGCAGCAACAGCAGGACCAGCAGCAGCUCCAGCAGCAGCAGCAGAGGCAACAGCUGCUGCAUCAGCAACAACGGAUCAGUUUGCCUUUUUAAAGUUCAUCUGCGCCAUCGCGCAGCACAACAAAGAAGAAGCAGCUGCAGCACUACAGCCGCAGCAGCAGCAACAACAACAGCAGCAACAAGAGAACGAACAGCAGCAGCAGCAUUUUGACUUGCUGCACUUCUCUCUGCCUGACCCCAUGCCUCCUCCCUUGGCUCAAUUCCUAAGUAAAGACUCCGAAGCAGUAGCGCCUUCCAGCAGCAGCAGCAGCAGCAGCAGCAGCAGCGACGACAGCAACAGCUGCUGGACCAGCAGCACUCGCAGGAUUUGCGGGUCUCCGGGUUUGCCAAAAUGGCUGACAGUAAAUGAGGCUGUGAAGCGUUUGUGCUUCCUCACAUCCCACGUGGCAGAGGCAGUGCAGCAGUGCGCAGCAGCAGCAGCAGCAGCAACAGCAGCAGCAGCAAGGGGGACGGAGGCCCCAGAGUCAGACGCAGAGUUUAAGGAGCAGCAGAAGCUGCUGGGGCUGACGCUGCUGCAGCUGCUGCGUCUCUACCAGCAGCAGCAAGUGCUUGCAGUGAUGGCGGCGAAGAAGAGGCAGCAGGAACAGCAAGAAGAGCAGCAGCAGCAGCAGCAGCAGCAACUGCCUGAGGGGGCCCCCGAGCCCCAGCCUGGAGACGAGGAGGUUUGGCUGCUACUGCGCUGGAGUGUACAUACAGCGCCGCUGCUGCGAGCCUUAGCAAAUCUUGCUGCUGCCUCUCCUGCCACAAAAGAAGCUGUUCUUAAGGAAAACGGGGUGCCGGUUCUUCUGACUUUCAAGGGCAUCGACGAAACUUCUCCUUUUUCUCGAGAGGCAGCAACAUUUGUGAGGGUUUAG